AUGAAUACGUUUUUCUGUCCCUUUCAGACUUCCAUAUUUUUCUUUCCCAUCCCCACCACUCCCAUGAUAAAAGUAAAGUGGAACGUUGUCAAAACAAAACGUGACCAAGAAAUUAGUUGGAACAAGAUGGAAAAUUCACAGUGGUUUCUCAUCGUUCCUGUAGUAAUCUUUUCCAGUUUUUUUCACGUUUCUUUGGCAGUGUCUACAGAUGCUCUGGUGCUCAAGCCAUUAAAUGGAACAGCAUUUGCUGAGAUUGGUAAAAGCUUCAGCUUUCAAUGCUUGUUUAAAAAGAUUGGAUAUCUCACAUGGUUUCACUAUAGCAUUGUGUUGGCCACAUGUGAGAAUUGUCAAUCACCUUGUGAAGUGAACAGGAAAAACAAUCCAUGGGAGAACAAUGUUAAGGUGACAUGUGACCGCAAAAACAUGAGGUCUAUUCUGACCAUUUUCAACCUGACGAGGCUUGACCACACUGACUAUAUCACAUGUCAGACAAAUGGAAAAUACAUCAAGAAAAAUCUUUUAGUAGGAAGGUACAGCAAAAAGCUCCAUCCCCAAAACUACUCUCAGGUACCUGUAAUUCAUCAAGAUUUUUCUUUAGUUUGUAACAUGGAUAAUUCCACUUUCCCAAUUGCAAAGUGGUUCAAUCAACAAGGGCAGAUAAUUGCAUAUUUUAUCAGAUGCUUUGCUGUACAUGAAGGAAGCAUUAAUCCUAAAUACGUAUCACCAGCAUCUGGCAGAAACUUGACAUGCAAUAGAAAAGACAACACAUCAACUCUCACAAUAAGCCCAGUAGAGAUGAGCCUUGAUGGCACUUCUGUUGGGUGUUUUGUUGAAAGCCGUGGGAAUUUAUACCUCUACACAUUUACAGUCCAUGUUCCUGUGGAGACAGUUGAAAUACAACCAUUUAAUAACACAGACUUGUUUGAGGGAACAGAGAAGAGCUUUGUAUCAGGGAAGUUCUUCAAAUCAAAAUCAGUUCUGAAACUGACCCUGCACCGAUCUUUCAAGACCAUCCUAUGUAAAGCUACAGUUGCAAAUCUGCCAUGGGUAGAAUCAGCAAAUAUGGAACUGGAUGUUACACCAGAUAACAAGGCAUACAUCAUCAUCAUUACUUGUUUGCUGUUGAAUGAAAAGACAAAGAAAUUAGAUGUACAAAUGUGA